AUGUCGCGCCUGGCGGAUUACUUCGUCAUCGUUGGAUACGAUCACGAGAAAGAGCGUAAGUUGGAUGGCACAGGAUCGAGAAGUGGGAAAAUAAUUCAAAGAUUUCCCGAAAAAGACUGGCCCGAUACACCGUUUAUAGAGGGCAUUGAAUUGUUCUGCCAACCGCAAGGAUGGGCCCUCUCGACUGUCCGGCAGGAGCCGCAAUUCUUCGUCUCGGUUCUUACCGACAUGGACGGCAACCGGCACUACUGUGCGUGUCUAUGCUUCAAUGAAACAAUCGCCAUCACGCCCAGCAAACCGAUCGACGAGGAGGAAGAGGACGACAAUUUGUCUCCAUCGAGUGGUGGCCGUGGUGGAGCCGGUGGUACAGGAGUACUGGCCAACAAUGGUCCUCCUUCAAUAACGCACCACAGCAUCAUGUACGCCCCAAAGUGUCUCGUAAUCGUGUCCCGACUCGAGUACAUCGAGGCGUUCCGUAACUGCCUCGGGACGAUCUAUACAGUCUACCUGGAGAGUCUCAAAUUCCAGCUGCACUAUCUAAUCGGUAGUAUCCUGGGAUGCAUUCAGGUUCCACCACCAGGAGGGCCACCGGUGCGCUUCUCGAUUGGUGCCGGAGACAAGCAGAUCCUGCAACCGCCACUUUCCAAUACACUACCCGUGACAGGCUCGUGCGUAAGCUUGCUCUUCCACCAACUGGGUAUCAAGAACGUAAUGCUGCUGUUCUGCGCCGUUAUGACCGAGCACAAGAUAUUAUUUCACUCGACCAGCUAUACACGGCUGACGGACAGUUGCCGAGCACUGACGGCACUGAUGUAUCCCUUCCGGUACAGCCUCGUUUACAUUCCGAUAUUGCCGGCAUCCCUGCUCGAGGUCCUAACGAUGCCGACGACCUUUAUUAUGGGCAUCCACAGCUCGCUCCGUUCGGAAAUCAGCGAAAUACUGGACGUCAUCGUAGCCGAUCUCGACGGAGGAUCGAUACACAUUCCGGAAUCGCUAGUGCCCCCGAUCGCUCGGCUUCCGGCGGCCCUGUGGGACUCAACCGAACAUGCCCUUCGAAUGGUGCUGCACCCCGAGUUGGCUCUGGCCGAUCUUGCGUUCCCGCAGGGCAGUAAUGUCCAUAAAAAUGACGUCAUGCUCGACAAGGAAAUAAGGGCUGUGUUUAUGCGGCUUUUCGCGCAGCUGCUGCAAGGGUAUCGUUCCUACCUCACGCUCAUUCGCAUCAAUCCGAAGCCCAUCAUUCAGUUUCAUAGGGCUGGAUUUCUGGGAGCUCGGGAGCUGCUAGAUUGUGAGUUCCUGUCGCGCGUGCUCGACAGCAUGUUCUUUACCGGUUUCGUAACGGAACGGGGACCACCGUGGCGGGCAUGUGACGCCUGGGACGAGCUAUACAGCACGAUGAACGAUCUGCUAAAAACGGAAGCACACGAUCCCGCCCUAGUGCUCGCGCACAUACAGGAUCUGGCGAAGCAGCUGUACACGAACGAGUAUCCUAAUCCGCAACAGUUUCAGCUGAAAAUUCUGCGACCUCCGGAAGGAGCAUUUGCAAGAAUCCAUCAGCCACCGAUGGCGUUGAUCGACGGGCAGGAGGUACAGAACGUGAUUAACACUGGACUGCAGAAUAAUGAUCUUCAAUCGCGUAUGCAGCCGCUUCGGGUGAAACUACGCAUCGUUCCGAUGGGGCCGUAUCUGAAACCAGCCCCGCAGGAAUCGCGUCCGAUCGUUAACAAUAGCGCCCGGAAAUUGGAAGUUUUGCGAAACUGCAUCAGCUGCAUUUUUGACAAUAAAAUAACGGAGGCACGGAAGAGUUUCCCAGCGGUCUUGCGAAUAUUGAAGCAGCGGGAGGCUCGGCUUACGAUGUGUCGAGAGCUGGCCAAGAUCGGCCAGGGCAAUAAACAGCUUGAUCACCAGCAGUUUGAUCUCGUGAUAAAGCUGAUGAACCGCGCGCUGCAGGACGAUUCGGCGAAAGACGAGUACGGCGUGGCAGCUGCCCUGUUGCCCCUGUCUUCGUUGUUUUGCCGGAAACUGUGCACGGGUGUGAUCCAGUUCGCGUACACCUGCAUCCAGGAUCAUCCGGUAUGGAAAUCACAACAGUUCUGGGAGGACGCCUACUACCAGGAAGUGCAGACGGCCAUCAAAGAGCUCUAUCUACCGCUUGCCAACUGGCCGAAACCUAGCGGUGGAAUGCUCGGAGACAGUGUCGCCCUAAUGUCGCAGUCUAUUUCGCGUGACAAACUGGACCGCGCUUCGAUGCUUUCCCGUGCGCAGGAACCAUCGGCGCUAGAGAUUGCGGCCGAUCAGAUGGGCAAGUGGGCUACGAUGGACGUGAACACGCAGCAGGAGCUGACCAAUAAGGAAGAAAGCACACUGUACAGCCACGCGAUUCACUACGCGUACCGGAUGGUGUACCUGUUGAUUCCGCAAGACGUUGGCGGAGCCACAGGUCGUGUCCAGCGGGAUAAGGACGGUCGACAUCUCGAGGACGACACCAGCGUGUCGAAUAGUGUGAUCGAAUCGCGUAGUCAUAACAGCGACCGCAACAGUGACGAGGGUUUUGAUGAGCACGAUCCGGGCGAAACGGGCAGCGCUGUCACGAAGAUGGUCUGCAAGUUUAUUGAUCGUGUCUGCACGGAAGGGAACGUAACGGCGGAGCACGUCCGGAACUUGCACCAAAUGGUACCGGGCACGAUACAGAUGCACAUCGAGACGCUAGAGGCGGUGGCGCGCGAAACCAAGCGGAUUCCUCCGAUACAGAAACCCAAGCUACAGUAUCCGGUGCUGCUGCAAGACGAAAAGAUCAUUGGCGAACUGCGAGCGUACCUUCUGGCAGAUGGGCGUGAGGACAAGGAGGGUGGCAGCAGUGGCACAAUGUUGCCGGCCGAAGGCGCCCUUUUCCUAACCAAUUAUCGGGUGGUUUUCCGCGGAUCUCCCUGUGAUUCGUACUCGUGCGAGCAGAGCGUAGUGCGGGCGUUUCCUAUUUCUUCGCUGACGAAGGAAAAGCGGCUAACGGUGAUCUAUCUGCAGCACCUGGAACAGGUGUUGCCGGAGGGCAUGCAGCUGCGCUCGUGCACCUUCCAGCUGAUCAAGGUCGCGUUCGACGAGGAAGUACCGCAGGAGCAGGUCGAAGCGUUCCGGAAAGCGGUACACAAGAUACGCCACCCGGAGGAUGAGUUUGGACACUUUGCCUUUGCCACGCACGCAUUCGCCCAUCCCGGGCUGCUUGGGCCGGGUCACAAGGUGAAGGAGAAAAACGCUACGUUGAAGGAUUUCGCGAAGAAAACGCUGCUACGGACGGCGAAAAAGGCAGGCUUCAAGCAGAAGGCUGGGGCAACGAAGCGCAAGUACAUUCUGCCCGGUGCUAUCGAGUAUGAGGACACGUACGGUAAGAAUAACAACAACGAUGAUGAUGAUGCAUCGGACGACGGCACCGACACGCUGCCCCGAGUGCACGUGAAGGACGUGGAACGAUUGAAGGAACGAAGCUACGUGCGGGAUUGGUUGCGACUAGGACUGGGUGAUGUUCAGACGACCGGAUACCGGAUCUCUUCGGUGAACAGCAAUUACAGCAUUUGCCGCACGUACCCGGCGAUGAUGGUUUGCCCGAAAGAGGUGACGGACGAUUCGCUGAGGUGUAUGGUGCGGUGCUACAAACAACAUCGGAUACCGGUGGCCACUUGGCGUCAUCGUAAUGGGGCCACACUGUUGCGUGGUGCCGUACCGCAAGCGAAAGGAGUGAUGGGAAUGCUGAAGGGACACCCGGGAUCAGCGAACACGUCUACCGACAGUACCAGCUUCCAGGAGCAGGAUCGUUACUUUGUGCAGGUGAUCAAAAUGACACCACAUACGCGCACGAUUCGACACCAGGCGUGGGGUGGUUUGUCCGAUUCCAACAUCUCGCUGGAUUCGCUGGCCCUGACCGCAAGCAAUCUAAUGACACGCUCGGACAUGUCCACUCUGACACCGGAUGUGGGACGGAAGCACUUGCGGGAUGUGAACCACUGGGAGGGUCCUGGUGGCCAUCACCAUCACCAUGGCGCCGUAGCGGCUGGGGGCCAAGGAGGCCAACAGGCGCAUUAUGCUUUCCAGCGCAUGCCACUCUACUUCCUGGGCGAAAAGUCUCAGUCGAAAUCGGCCAAACUGUCCGAGAUGUACGCGGAGUUCAUCCCCGUCGAUUACACCGACGUGCGGCAUUCGCGGACCGCCUUCAAAAAGCUGAUGCGAGCCUGUCUGCCGUCGUGCGAUACGAAUGAACCGGAACAGACGUUUGCGAAGCUGGUUGAGCAAUCAGACUGGCUGCAACAAAUUCGCGGGCUGCUGCAGCUUUCCGGAGCUGUAGUAGAUCUGAUGGAUUUGCAGGAAUCGAGCGUGACGCUGGCCCUCGAGGAUGGGUGGGAUGUGACGGCGCAGAUUUCCUCCCUGGCACAGCUGUGUCUCGAUCCGUACUAUCGCACGAUCGAGGGCUUCCGGGUGCUAAUCGAAAAGGAGUGGCUCGCUUUUGGGCAUCGCUUCGGACACCGGAGCAACUUGAAACCAAACUCAAGCUCCGGUUCACCGUUUGCACCGACGUUUCUGCAGUUUCUGGAUGCGGUGCACCAGAUCCAGCUGCAGUUCCCGCUGGCAUUUGAGUUCAACGAGUUCUAUCUUCGGUUCCUGGCUUAUCACCACGUGUCCUGCCGUUUUCGGACGUUUCUGUUUGAUUGUGAACUGGAGCGUGUAGACUUUGGCAUAACGGCGAUCGACGACAAGCGCGGAUCACUCAAUUCGCAUCACAAGCACGUGGUCGAGGCGCUUACGAUCUCGGAUGACGACAAUCUCAUCUAUCCCGGUAUGGGAGUUGUUAGUGGAAGUGGCCCAUCGGGAGGUGCCGGCUUUGGUCCGUCUCUCUUCGACUUCAUCGAGCGGCAGCACGCGAAAUCGCCCAUGUUCUACAACUUCAUGUACACGCCGGAUCCAGAACGGACGGUGUUACGGCCACAGAGUGCGAUCUCGGUGCUGGAAAUUUGGUCGUACUACUUGGGUGAGGAACUCGCACAGGGACCUCCGUACGAUCCGGAGCUGGUUGGUAGUGAUACUAUGGAGGACGAUUGCGAUUACAUGUUCUCAACGCCAAGACGCCGUGUAGUGACAGUAAAUUAUGACAGCUUGAGCCGGUACGAGGCAGAUGCGUUCACCAAGUUGCUGGAUGAGCUAAAAACGGCCGAAGCCGAGCGAGGCCUGCUACCCCAAAAAUGGCGCCAGGUAUGGGAUAAGCUCGAACCGCCACAUUCCGACUCGCUGACACGGCACGCAUCAUUCAGCAGUGCGCUCGUACGAUCGCACGGACGGUUGCUGCACAAGAGAUCAACAUUGGAAAUCCUGAUGCGUGGCCGGCAGGCUGGUUUUCAUCAGGAAAAUUUCCUGCAUCCACAUCGGUUCGACAAGCACGUCUAUUCGGCACCGGUCAACUGCAACCACUGCGGUAACGUCCUUUGGGGACCCCUACUAAACGGCUUGAGGUGCGUUGAUUGCGGUAACACGUAUCAUGAGAAAUGUGCGGAAUCGGCCCCGAAAAACUGUACCAAAUACAAGGCGGUGGAAGGUGGCACUCAACCGACACUCGGUCGCACACAGGGUGAUAAUAACAGCGUUACAUCGAGCGUUAAUACGACCAACACGAACAGUCAGCAUUAUUACGAGCAGUACGACAGUAAAGUGGCCGAUGAUCGUACCCACGAAGGAUACCUUUACAAACGAGGUGCAAUUUUGAAAAACUGGAAGCAACGUUGGUUCGUGCUAGACUCGCACAAACAUCAGCUGCGGUAUUAUGAUACGAUGGAUGACUGCAGUUGCAAAGGAUACAUAGAACUUGCCGAGGUUCAAUCUGUCGCUCAAGCACCUCCACAAACGGCUCCGGCUCCCUCGAAGAAGGUGGAUGAUCGAGCAUUUUUCGAUCUCAAAACCAGUCGACGCACGUACAACUUUUACGCCCAGGAAGCAUCCAGUGCACAGGAAUGGAUCGAGAAAAUUCAAGCCUGUCUUCAGUAG